AUGACAGAGACUGCUCAUGGGGAACAAGGAGAAAAGAUACAUGGGUAUAUAGACCCAGAUUUAAACACUCCUAAUACUGAACAUAUGAAGUGUAUUGUUCCUGACAGUUUUGAAUAUAGUCAAUGCGAUGAUUAUAAAACCAAUCAGGAAAUCUUAUCUUCUGAUCUUGCUGAAGCUGGUAGAUUUAGUUUCAAUAUAGAAAUGUGUUCUCAACAGCUUCUUGGUCAUGACUUGCCAAACAUAACAUCUACAAGCCAUGCUUUAGGGAUGGACUUUAAAGACAAUCCUCAUAAUUUUGAUGUAUGCAUUUCUGAAUCUGUUCUAGAUGACAUGUCUCCUAAGGAUCAGGUUAAUUCUGAAAGAAGAGAUAAUGACUGCUUGAAUGUGAAUGAAAAUCCUGCACAUGCUAGUCUCAGUUCUGCGCAAAAAGACUUAUCAACUGCUCAGAAUUUUACUCGAGGUGUUAGGGAUGCAUUCUCAGGUGACAAGUUUAAACAUGUUACUCCUCAAAUUAAGAAAGACACUUUACGAUCCUCAGAGACCAUUCCAAUGGACAAUUCAAAUGAUAAACCAUGUGGACCAGAUGAUAAUGCAGGUUUAUGUGUUGAAGCACCUCAAACUUGUAGUGAUGUUCUGAUUGGACAUAACCUAGUGGAAAGAAGCCUAACAUCAUCUCAGAAUCCAGCCCUGUUUGCCGAAGAAAAUAAGUGCUUUGAUUCGAAGGAGGCUCAAUUAAUUUCAGAGCCUUUGGCCCUGCAAAACCAGGAGCUCAAGAAUAAUCUGGGCAGCAGUGUUAAGUUUGUGGGACGUUACUUGCAUCCAAUGCCUGUUUCAUCAUUAUUUUUAAGCACAAGAGAGGAUAAAAUCCAUGUUUGUGUACUAUGUGGUCAUCCGACAGGUCAGUCCAGGACCUUGUUUAGUUACAAGGUAGGUAUUACUGAACCAACUCUAGGAUGCCCUUCUGUCAUGGCUCACAGCACAAUACUGUUACCUGAUCCAAAACAUAACUUCGUAAAAGAAAUUAUAGUGGAGAGAUCUGGGGUGCAGUUGACUCCUGGUGGACAGUAUAUUGUCUUAAUAGGCAGCAUAAAGACCCCCAAUUGCAGGGAAGGAAAAAUUGAUUGUUCUUGCUCAACAUGUUCAUCAGUCGUCUAUGAGAAGAAUGCAUUGAAGAUUGUCCAAGUAGAACAUGGUUAUGUAUCAGUUGUAGCAACAUUGGAAACGGUUGACAAUGUGCAUUGUAUAUUGGUUUGUGAACCUAACCGACUUGUUUCUGUAGGAGAAAGUGGGAAACUGCAGGUGUGGAUCAUGAAUUCAAAAUGGAGUGAAAAAACAGAUAAUUUCAUUAUUCCAGCUGAUGGCUCUGCAUCUCCUGGCAUUGUGGAGUUGAAGAAGGUUCCGAAGUGUACUCAUUUGGUGGUUGGUCAUAAUAGCUACGGGGAAUUUAGUUUAUGGGAUAUUACGAAGUGUAAUUGUGUUACAAGAUUUUCUGCUUUCAAAAGUUCAAUAAAUGAGUUCAUUCCAAUAAGCUUGCUCCAGUGGCAAUCAAAAGACUCGGAAUUCAGAUAUGCUAGCAUAGAAGAGCUGGCUGAUAAACUUUUAGAAGCAACAAAGUCGAGGUACUCAGAGAAAAGAGAGACCUGUUGGUUUUCACCAAUGGAGGAAGAUGUUGCGAUGUGGCUUUUUGUCUCGACAUCAAGUAGUUAUGAUAUACACACGACUAGAAGUUGGAGGCUUGGUCUUGUAAUGAAAAAUAGCAUAAAUUUUGGAAGUCCCUUGGAUCUAAGGCCAUCUGGUAUUGGUGUUUCUUGUGGUUAUGGAAUCAUCGGUUCAAGUGAUGGAGUGGUGUAUAUGUGGGAGCUGUCUAAAGGAACCAAGCUUCAUACUCUGCAUCAUUUCCAAGAUGGCAAUCUCGCGUGUGUUGCUACCGAUGACCCUAGAGGUGCCUUGGGAGUGGCUGGUGGUGGAGGCCAAUUGUUGCUUUAUCUACACCUUCCUGAGCUAGAUUCAAACUAA